CGAAUCUGUAAGUUUUGUACGGAGCCGAUUUUAGUUCGGCUUGUUGUUUCGUGGUCUCCGCCAUUUUGCAGUUGCGAUAGAAAGGUGAAAAUCUCGGUAAAUGUAAGGUUUUCUAAUGUGGUUUUAAGAUUUAUGUGACGUGCAGUGUUGCUUUUAUGUGUCGUGAAGAAAACCCUUUAAUAAUGGAUCAGAUAUGACGCAUCCUAACUUUCAAACUAACGGAGCUAGCUUAGAGGACUGCCACACGAAUUUCUUUGCCUUGACUGAACUUUCUGGCAUCAAAUGGCGUAAACUAGUAUGGAGCGAGGCGGACAGGAACAGCGGAAGCGGUGGAGGCGGCGGGGUAGGCCACCACGGCCCACCUCCGGGAGGUGGGAGCAGCAGUACCGAACCGUUGGAAGAUCCGGUUCUUCGGAGUUACGCGCGAUGUCUUGCAGCUGACAUUCUGUGCGUAUGGAGGCGCGUCUCCACACCCCGAGCCGCCGAUAUGUUCGAUCUGGGCCCGCCGCCGACGUCUCAACCACCGCCACUGAGUCUGGCCGCCUCCAAAGAGUUGUGGAUUUUUUGGUAUGGAGAGGAGCCGGAUUUGAACGAGUUGGUGGCUCCUGAAUUGAAUAUGAACGAUUGCGAGCAGGGCUCUUGGGAAUCGGGCCUUUCCUACGAAUGUCGAUCGCUGCUCUUCAAGGCGCUUCAUAAUCUCAUCGAACGCUGUCUGUUGUCGCGCGACUUUAUCCGGAUCGGAAAAUGGUUCGUUCAGCCGUGCGGCGCACCCGUCAAAAGGACGGCCGAGGGCUUAGGAGCCGGUCACACGACAUCGGAGGGUGUAAACGUAGGAAAUGCUCAUCUUAGUUUUUCGUUUGCGUUUUUCGUUCACGGUGAAAGCUCGGUGUGCGCGUCUGUUGACGUGCGGCAGCAUCCGCCGGUUAGGAGGUUAUCGAGGUGGCAUAUCCAGCAGGCGCAGGCGUCGACGGCAGGGCUAAAAGUCAUCUUAGCCCCGUUUGGCCUAUCAGGGACCCUAACUGGUCACAGCUUCAAAUCACCUGAAGCCACGGCCCGCCUCUUGGACGAUUGGAGCCAGUUCUAUCCAUUGGAUAAAUCCAACACCCUUACAGAUAGCAGUGUUGUGGAAGUGAUAGUAGGUGGUGUGAAAAUGCGUUACCCCUCAUGUUAUGUCUUGGUGACGGAUAUGGAUGAGACUACUAAUUCGCCUGUGUUAACUGGAUUACCUCCGGCAAGUCCGUCAACAGCUGCGAUAGAUGAAAGGGGCGAAAAGAGGGGAAGUAGUCCGGUGGCAAUGGUACAAACACCUCCGCCCAGUCCUGUUAAGAUCAGCAGCAGGGUAGUACAACCUGGACCUUAUACUGUGUCAGUGGAACAUUUUUCUUCCAUGUCAAGAGAACAGACAGCCGCCACAAUUUUACCAGAGCGGACGUGGCAGGAGUGUAUAUUGGGUGGCGGACAAAAUACGCAACCUGAAAACAAGGAAUUUAGUGGCAAUUGGGAUUUCGUAGAACCAACAAGAAGAACAACUUGCGUGUGUUCAAAAUGUAUUAGCGGAUCGUACACACCUCAAGGCGGACCUCCUUCUUAUCCACGGACGCAAGAAUCUACAGCAAUACCCUCGGUGGGAUCACCUCCUUCAGUAGCUCCUUCUCCGUUACCGAAUCCCCACUCGCAACCUGCUUCUGUUCCUCCUGGAGAUCAAACGAUGCCUACUUUAUCCCCUCACCCGCCUACAGCCAACCCUUCACCAUUGGAAAAGACACAUACACCAGAUCAACCGCCUAAAAGCGUCGAUAGCGCCGGGAAUAGUCCGACAACUGCAGGAUUGGUGGAACCGAAGAGUGAGACGCAAGUCACUACGCCGAAUGUACCGAUGUUGAAAAGGCCGUUUUUAAUCAGUAAAGAAUAUGAGGUGGCGCUCGGAGAAGAAGAACAAACAUUAGAAAUGUUAUACGACUACUCAACAAUGGAUGCUUGGUUGAACCAUCCAGUAAAAAAGUUCAAACCAGAUAGCAAGGAUAGUCAAAGAGUUAAUAGAUCGGCAAAGCAAGACAUUUACGCUCUAUAUGACAAAAGUUACUUGUUUAAUCAGACUACCGAGGUUGUGAAUAAUAAUAAGAAUCAACAAGUGACUGUGAAACAGGAGAUUAAGCAAGAACCAGGACAAACUCAGGCGGAAACAGAGGCUCCAGUAAUACCAAACUCCCAUCCUCAUGGAGUGAAAAGGCCAGGUGACCCAUACGAAUUUGAAGAAGAUGGUGGAGGAGCUAAUUGUAACAUUGACGGAUUCAAGCGGGGACAAGUGGCCGGGGUGAAAGAAGAAAAUAAAGAAACUAAGAAAAUUACAACUGAAGCUUUGUUUACUAGUGAAGGAUUGCAACCUUCGUUUAAGGAUCUCGAUCAGAUAUUUGAUAAUUCGGAUUAUACUAGUAGUGACGAAGCGAUGCAGGUCCAAACACCACCUGGUUCCACAGCUAUCAACCAUCAUGAAGACAGCAAGAGAUUUUCAGGACAUUGUCCGAACAUGGGAAUCCCUUGCCCCGCAGAACUUAGUAAAAUGUUCCCAACACCACCCAGUUUAGAACACAAUCCCAUAGCGUCACCAUGCGGCCAAACAGACAUAGCUCUUCCAGAAUUCACUGCUGAUCUCGGUAUUGUAAGGGUGAAACAAGAAAUUUAUCCAAAUAUGGGAAGUCCUCAGGAGGAAAACAUAGAAGAUUGGAGUUUUGUCUUCAAACCUCCAAUAACGUGCAAAAUGGUGGGUAGCAGUAAGUAUGCUCCUCUGACAGACUUACCAAGUCAAAGUUUACCGCAAGUCUCCCUGCCACCUAAUUUUACGUACAAACCAUCAUGGAUGCAACACGUUGAAAAACAACAAACCAAUCAACAGGUCAACAACAGCGUUACCACUUCCAGCAACCAGAAUACUCCAGCUACUUCAUUACCUAAUAGUGUUCAUCAGAAUACAAACCUCUUUCCUCCUAGUCCGUUACAUAGCGCCGGUACACCUGGUAGUUUUCGGCCGCCUCCUCCACCGUACGAAAUGGCCAGUCCAGCAACGUCAACGGCCAGCUCAUACCUCAACAAGAAUCUCAACUCCGUGGAGGCUGCACCAACGCCAACACCAGGCAUUCUUCAGAGAGCGCCGGAAGCGUCAAGUCUUGUGCUCAACAUUCUGCUCACCGACACUGCCUUUAACAUAUUCAGAGAUCACAAUUUCGAUAGUUGCACCUUGUGUGUUUGUAAUGCUGCAGGAAAGGUGGUUGGUAACAUUAGGGGAGCAGACGCGGGUAUUUAUUUACUUAACACCCAGAAUGACAAACAGCAUGCAAGCGCACAACCAAGUAGUCCUUAUCCAGGUAGUAACAUGGGACAACCGCCACCUUACGGUAGCAUGAUGAACGAAGAUCAUCACGCAAAUGACGAAGAUUCAAUAAGGUGUAGUUGUGGAUUUUCGGCUGUUGUUAAUAGAAGGCUAGCAUACGGUAGUGGACUGUUCUAUGAAGACGAGGUAGAAAUUACAGGUAUAUCUGAAGACCCAGGAGAAAAGAAAAAAUCGUCUCUUCUCUCUUUCCUCAUUGCCACGAAUUCUGUGAAACUUGAUCCGAGCAUCGACCGUGACCAAAUCGAUAUAAUGCCACACAGCCUUAUAGAGUUGGUACGAGAGCAACUGGUUUUCAUUCCUAACACCACGAAUUCGUUAUGUCGAGUGGCUGGAGGUUAUAUGAGGACGAAGGUUAACAUCCAUACUAGUAAUAUUCACCUCUUAGAGUAUUCCGAUAGCCACGAUGUGACCUGCAUAGCGUUGGAGCAGAGUAAAAAUUGUUUGGAAAAUAUGGGCUUGUGCAAGAUGGAAGAUAUCAAACAACCUAAAACCUCUCAGACCAUCACAGUACACAGAUGGCCUUUCCUCAGGGCUACUGGACCUCAAUGUAAUCAGGAUAUAGUCAGGGUGAUGAGAAGUUUGCAACCUCUGUUGCAAGAAGCCAUCCAAAAGAAAUGCCAGACGAGGCUGUGGGAAGCACCUUCUGCUGUCAAGGGACCACUUACAUGGAGACAGUUCCACAGGCUUGCUGGUAGAGGCACUGACGACAGAUGUGAACCCCAACCAAUACCAUCAGUAAUAGUCGGCCACGACAAAGACUGGUUGUCGCUCUCUCCUUAUGCCCUUCAGCAUUGGGAAACCUUACUUUUGGAACCAUAUUCAUAUGCCAGAGAUGUUGCAUACAUUGUUGUCGCUCCCGAUAACGAUGCUAUUUUACCUAGAGUAAGGACCUUCUUCAGGGAACUUUCAACAGCUUACGAAAUGUGCAAAUUAGGAAGGCACAGUCCCAUUACUAAAGUACUUAGGGAUGGUAUUUUAAGGGUGGGGAAAACGGCGAAGACCAAACUAGGAAACGAACCCGUCGAAGAAUGGUUUACGUUGUUAGGAGAAGGAGAGACAACAGACAUGUUAAAAUUAUAUGCACAGGUUUGUAAACAUCACCUAGCGCCUCAUCUCCAGCAAGUUCCUAUGGAUAAGACGUUGCUGGAUCCACCUCAAGAUAGUACUACAGACCAACCAACACCAAGUCCUAUGCCUCCACCAAGUACACCAGAAAAUGCAGGAAGCCAAUCAUCUAGUUCUUCUAUUUCGGACAAAGCUCCAACACCAAAAAGCGAUCAAGAUGGCGAUGGCCUAAAAGACUCAUCUCCAUUAAAUAAUUCUGACCCAGUAUCACACGACGAUGAUGAGAGAGAAGUACCAUCCGUAAUCGUUUAUCUCGUGGAGCCUUUCACGCUUGGCUCUGAUCAACCUGAACUACAGAGGUUGGCUUGUUUGGCACUUUUGAGAUGUUACCAGUCUAUUCUAGCAGCUGUUCCGGAAAGUAUCAGGAAUAAUAUUAGUGUUCAGAUAAUUUCAUUGGAAAGCAUAGUGGAGCUGAACAAAGCUAGGAACCGAAUUCGACACAGCGAUCACAUGAGAGCGUUGGCUUUAAACAUCUUCUCGCAAUGUAGGCGACUACUUUUACACUCCAACAAUGUUAAAUCUCUAACAGGUUUUGGAACAGCUGCGAUGGCCGAUCAGUUCCUCAAAAGCAAAGACGAAAAGAACCGAGCUGCCUAUAAACUGUAUACUCCACCAUACAUCCUAGCACCAAUGAGAGGCAAACAAGAACCAGCGGACGUCUUCAGCAAAGGCGCUCAGGAGCAAGCAUCCGUCCUCUACCUUAGCUACUGUCUCUCCGAGGACCAGAGUUGGUUGUUAGCAGUCGCUACCGAUGAAAAGGGUGAAAUAUUCGAAACCAUCACCAUCAACGUUGAUAUUCCCAAUCGAAGCAGAAGGAAAAAGGCAUCAGCAAGAAGAAUUGGCUUAGAGAAAUUGAUGAACUUUAUUUUAGGAGUCAUGUCACAGAGUGUGCGACCAUGGAGGCUAGUUGUUGGCAGGCUGGGAAGAAUAGGUCAUGGGGAACUGAAAGGUUGGAGUUGGUUACUCAGUCGAAAAAAUCUACUAAAGGCGUCGAAAAACCUUAAAGAGAUCUGUAAUCAAUGUUCAAUGAUGUAUCCGAGUUCAGUUCCAUGUAUUCUAAGCGCCUGUCUAGUCAGCCUUGAACCAGAUUCCGUUCUUAGGCUCAUGCCCGAUCAGUUUACCCCAGAUGAACGAUUCAGUCAGGUUUCUGUCAACUCGCAGCUCUCUACUCCACAAGAUGUUAGUUGUACGCACAUCCUGGUAUUCCCCACCAGUGCUACCACUCAGUCUUCUCAAACCGCCUUCCAAGAACAGCACAUCACUGCCGAGUUUGGCGACGACGGAUUAUUCGAUCCAUUCGAUGACGAGAUGCCCGAAGGCAUUGACGGCAUGAACGAUUUUAACGACAUCUUCAAUUGGCCGGAAACCUUUCCAGGCGGAGGUCAGAGUCCACCUGGAAGCCCACGGAGGGAAGAAGGUGGUGCCGGUAGUCCUAAUGGGAGUACUAAUGUAGGCAGAGAAGGUACACCAAUGAUCAGUGGAAUGAAUUCUAAAGGCAUCGAACCAAGUGAAGAAGUCGGGGUGGUCUUACAGCAACCACUCGCAUUAGGAUAUUUCGUAUCGACGGCUCCAACUGGUAAGAUGCCUCGGUGGUUCUGGUCAUCGUGUCCACAUCUAGAAGGAGUGUGUCCGGCAUUUUUGAAAAAUGCAUUACACUUACACAGCCCCAACAUCCAACAGAACUCUGAUGAUUUGUUGCAACAAUCUGCGGUCACAUCUCAUCCGCUGGAUUCUCAAUAUACCACAGAUGUUCUAAGAUACGUCCUAGAGGGCUACAAUGCUCUGUCCUGGCUGGCGUUGGACUCAAACACCAAAGACCGGCUAUCUUGCUUACCAGUUCAUAUGCAGGUCUUAGUUCAAUUGUAUAACACUGCUGCGGCACUCCUGUAAAACACUGACCAAGUACUUAUAUUUUUCACUAUUUAAAAAUAAAAGCGUAACAUUUUUUAUGUAACAAUUUCAGUUAAAAAGAUAAAACUUUAAUUAAACGUACUACAAAACUGGAACAUUUGCAUCAUGUAAAACUUAAUUUUGCACUUUUAUCUCUCUAAUUAGCCUUCAUCGGUCCGUCUUUGGACAUAGGUCUCCCCAAUCCUUUCCAUCCUUCUCUGUCUGUCGCUACAGUCAUCCACCUAAAGCCCACAUGCUUCUUGGUAUCAUCUGCCCAUCUUAUUUGGGGCCUUUCUCUGCAUUGGUUAUGAUUUUGGUCUUGCUGUAAUUCAUAUUAAGUGCCAAUACUUCAGCAAAUCCAAAUUCACAUUUUACAUCAUUUUUUUUUCAUUUAGGCAUAUUGUCGUUUCAUACAUUUUUGAUGAUUCUACUAAUGAUCGAGUUUUUAUUAGUUACUAUGUCAACUUACUGAAUGUCAAGAGCUCUUUUUUUACACUCGGUACUCUGUGGUUAAAACAUGUUUAUACAAAACACCAUGCUCAAUUAUAAAAUCAGGAAAUUUACCUGGAACAUUCUGGACAUACAACAUUUUUCGAUACCAGUCAUCUGGUUGUAAGGUAGAUGUCUAACAAAUUAAUAUCAAAAGUUCUAGAGAGUGCAUCAGCGACUACUACACCUGCAGCUUUACGAUGAACAAUUUUAUAAUCAUAUUGUGCCUAUUUUAAAAUCCACCUAGCCAAACAAGGAGAUGGGUUCUUCAUACUCUGUAACCACACCAAACUACUAUGGUCAGUUAUGACCGUAAACGAACGACCUUCAAGAAAAUAUCUGAAAUGUUCAAUACCCGUAAUUAUAGCUAAAAAGUUGUAGUACAAUUUUUCUGGGCUUUAUUUAAUCUCCUGCUGGUGUAGGCUAUAGGGUGUUCUUCUCCAUCGACAAUUUGAUAGAGUACACCACCAGAUGCUGUGUUUUAACAAUCAGUCAUCAAAUAGAAAGGCUUAGUGAAAUCUGGGGUUAUCAUAACUGGGGAAUUUGUGAGAGCCUCCUUGAUUUUAAUGAAAGCUUCAUUAACCUCAGGAGUCCACAUAAUAUUUUGUCCCUUUUUCCAAUUUUGAAGAUCAUUGAUAGGACCCUUUGUGUGUUUUUGCCAACUUGACAACAUACCCCCGUUCCCCUCUGUUUUGAGCGAUCUUCAUCCAAUUCUCUACGCCAGUGGAGUCAAGGUCGUCUACAUGGUGUUGUGACUUCCAACCAGUCCAGUUGAGACUUCUUCCCAUACCAGCCUUACUAUUCUUUCACCAGAAUGUCUUCUGAGGUGUCAUGCCCAUUGGAGUUAUUUGUUAGCAUUCUAUCUCUGUUUCUGUGAUUGCGGCUCUUAUACAUAUAUUUAGUUUUGUUUUCAUUGAUUAGGAGCCUCAUGCUUUUUUCUCGAACCUGUCUCCUUCAUCCUUAAUAUGGUUUUAUUAGAUCGAUAUUGUCUAUAAAUGCCAACAGUAAGUUUGGUCCUUCAAUGGAAGACUAGUCGAUUUUUCGAUUCUGGCAGGUUAUGUAUUCAAGAGCUAAGUUGUGGUGAAAGUGCAUCUCCCUGUUUUAGUCCAUUGUUUACUUCAAUGUUGUUCUGAAGCUAUUUUCUUGUGGCAUUUUUAUAAAUAUACUUUAAAAUGUAUAAUACAUGCCUGAAUUAAUGAGUCAGAUUAAAUAAAUUAUUAGAAGAAUUUUUUGCUAAGCAACAACAUUUUUGUUGAAUCUAGUAUUAUUUUGUAUUUUGACAACGACACCCGAGUUGGGCGUCGAAACGUUAAUAAAAUCAUUUUUUUGGUAAAAUUUUGGCUUAUUUCCCAUUGAAAAUAGUUGUUUACUUCAAUGUCUCCAUAUAUUAUUGUCCAACUCUCACCUUAUAUCGCAACCCUUUCAUACACGUCCGUAUAAAAUUGACUAGUUUUUUUUAGAAAGUCAAGUUCUUGUAUCAGUGUCCAUAGUCAAUCUAUCAUAUGCUUUUUUUCUUCUUCUGGUAGCACUACAACCCGGGGUGGGUCUUGGCUGACUGCACAACUCGCUUACAUCUUGAACGGUCAUCCAUGACAGUUGAGUCAGAGGGUAGCCCCAUUGUUCUUAAAUCUGAUAAUAUACUGUCUAUAAAAAAAAAAAAUGAAUAACCAUUUUCAAUUUCGUUGCAACACGAAACCACAGCCGCAUCAUAUUCUAGUUCAAUGAAAGAGUGCUGCAAGCACCUCUACCGGUUUCGAAACUUAUUAGUCUCUCAUCAGGAGGCACAUAUGCUGCUCUCUCUGACCCAACCAGGACAAACCCCGGCGUGAAGUUACGAAUUGCAACGAACAAAAUGGCAUGGAUGCCCUAGCGACAACUGCUAGCAAAAGACUAAGUUUUCAAUCUAAUAGCACAUAAAACAACACUAAAAAUGUUGAUCUACAUCCUACCAGAUUGAAAACAAUGGGAACCAUCUCUUGGGAAGUGAGAGUGCCUGCGGCACUCUCUGAUUGAACUAGUAUAUAAUGCGGCUGUAGUUUCGUGUUGCAACGAAAUUGAAAAUGGUUAUUCAUUUUUUAUUUACAUGUUUACUUUGAUCGAAGUAUGAAGGGAACCAUUCUCGUUGGAACUUUACCGCGCUGAGCAGAUGGGACGUGAAUUAUAAAUUAUAAAAUUCCCUCAUCUCCCUUAGUCUCAGCAUCCGUAUGGCUUGCAAAUUUUAGAAGCCUCGGAGGUGUAACCAGAGAAGGUUCCCAUUGUUUUCAAUCUGGUAGGAUAUAGACCAACAUUUUUAGUGUUGUUUAUGUGCUAUUAGAUUGAAAACUUAGUCUUUUAAUAUAUUGUCUCUCCAUUGCAUUCGUGAGCAUCCUAAGGGCCUUCUUCCUGUGGGGGCUUCCUAUCAGAUCAACUUGGCAAGACGGUUAUUAGGGAGUCUAUGGACAUGGCCAGCCCAUCUUAGACGCUGAAAUUGGGAGCUAUUAGGGUCGUGAUAAGGUCCAAAGAUUCUUCUGAGAAUUUUUCUCUCAAGACAUAUAAGUUUUCUUUCAAUUGCUUUGGUCAGAGUCCACGUCUCACACCCAUACAUGAGCCACAGUCUAAUCACUGUUUUAAUAUAUUCUGAUCUUUGAUGCACGUGUUAGGCCCUUAGAUUUAUUAGUAUUGUGGAGGCUACACAUACAUCUGUUUGCUGCCUGAAUUCUCCCUUUUAUCCAUCCAUCCAUCCAAUGGCACUACAGCCCAAAUCGAGCCUUGGCCUCCUUCAACAACCUUCUCCAAUCAUUUCGAUUUACCGCUGUUCUUUUCCAUGAACGCGUUCCUAGGAAGUUCCUGGCAUCUUCGUCCACUUCGUCUUCCCAUCUCUUUUUAGGUCUUCCAACCGGUCUUCUUCCCUGCAUUCUUGCAUUCAGCAAUUUUCUGGGGAUUCUAUUCUCAUGCAUGCGGACCAUGUGCCCUGCCCACCGUAAUCUCUGCAGUUUAGUGUAUUGUGCUAGAGUUGGUUCGCUAUAUUGCUCGUAUAUUUCUCUAUUAUACCUCCCUUUUAUCCCUUCCAUGAUAUCGUUAUCGGCAGUGAUUGUUGCUCCGAGAUAUUUAAAACUCUCCACUCUUUCAAAUGCUUUCUUUGCUAAUGUUAGAUUGAAAGUUGUUAAUUAAGUUUUUCUAUUGAUGUAGUUUAGGAAAAUAUUUAUCGCAAUUUUUAAAUUCUCACUUAACCCAAUUUAAAAAGGUCUUAUUUGUCAAUAAAGAAAAAUGUUACAUCAAUGCCAGUAUAGUGAAUAAAUCAUUCCAAAAGCAAAAAAAAAAUUUUUCUCAUUCAUCAACGUGACCUUAAAAACGAAUUUUUUCAAAAAAAAUACUCAAACAUGACGAGACAAAUAUGAUAUUUUCUCAUUACUUGAUAAAUAACGUUGUAAAUAUAUAUUUUAACGUGUUAUUUUUAAAUGUGAGACCCUUUUUUAUGUGUACAAAAGAAAAAGAAUGUGAUAUUUAGGAAGUUAAUUUUACCUAGAAUUUUAAAGAUUAGGGAAAAAAGAAAAAUAUCUUUACGCCGAAGAGGUAGAUAAAUAUAGAUGAAAGAAACAUUGAUUUCGUAUUAAUUUUCUUAACUAUAAUACUGCCAGUCGAUGUUCAGUGGAUUGCGGGAGUGCGAGCGUCAGAAAGAAAUAGGGAGUGGGCAUUUUUCUGGAGAAAACAUAAAUUUAUUACUUAAACUUUAAAAUCAACAAUAAUGCUGCUGUUACAUAUCUAACGGUUAACGUAGCACAGCAGACCUAUGCCUAUCAGUAGAUGUUGUCACGUGCGUGGUAGCAUGACACCUCAUACUUCAAAAUCGUACCACUAGCAACGAAGAUACGAUAUAGUGCCGUUUUGGCAAUGCCGCCAUCUUUCUUUUUGUCUCAACGUAUUCGUUAACCCCCUCCGCUUUCCAACGAGCCCUCUUACGCCACGAUCGAACCAAUAGAAACGAAGAUAUGACGUAAUGCCCUUUUGGCAUGCUCCGAUGCGCACGCACAUACUGCAUUCAACCCCAUUUUUCAUCCCCUUUCCAACGAAACCUCACACGUCAUCCUACGUUAGGCCGUUUGAUAAUGAUAAAUAAAAAAUUUUGCACCUCAAUAGUCACUACCUGCCUAUUCAACAUGGCCAAAUUCCAAAAAAAAAUUGGUCCCGAUACUCAGGAGUAAAACUAAUACAAAAUAAUUCACUGUAAAACAAAAUCAAGAGACGUCUUUUAUUUCAGUUCGUUCAGAGAGCGUCAUAAACACCCUUAAGUACGUUUCAUUCUCAUUAGAGAUCCUCAGAGGGUGUAUAUAAGACUACCCAUCUCUCAGUUUCAUUUUACAGCGGAUUAUUUUAUAAAUUUAUUAUUUAGAAUCUUUGUUUCUAUUUCCUCGCUAUAACUAAAAAAAUCUGAAAUAUGUAGGACUAGGCGAAGGUAAGGCCUCGAAUAAUUCUAUGAAGAUAUACUGAAAUCUGUCAUAUUUUGACGAAAGUUUUAUAUCAUACAUACAAAUCCAGUCGAUAUCUUCCAGGAAUCUGUCUCUUCUGUCCAACAUCUGCCUCAUUAUCUCUUCUUUCUCUGGCUUUAAUGAAUAAGGGCUUUAAGAGAGUCAUAAGUUACUCAAGCUGUUUAUCUGAGUUUGCGUGAUUUUCUUCACUUUGACAUUUAAAGCACUGAAUAGAAUCACAAGGCACAAUAAUGGAAAAUACAAAUUUUUGUAUUUGUAGAUGAUCGAACCAUGUAAGUUUUUCUUCAUUAUAUCAUCUAUCAGUGUGAGUUUUACUUCAAUAAUUUCUCUUAUUUUGAGGCUUGAGACUUUUUCCAUUCUCAAGCUUCCAUGUACUCUUCUUCAAUAGCUCAUGUCAGUAGCUUUUAAUUACAAUAUCUCUCAACUAUUCGUACUAUUCUGGCUGAUUCUUGUCAUAUUUUCUCAAUAAGUAAUGGUCAUAUGGCUUUUUCCAUUCUUGUAUAUGUCGCUUUUAUUACAUUAAAAUUAUCCCUUAUUUAAGAAUUUUCAGAUGCAGAGUGGCUCAAGCAUUAGUUGCUUGGGCAAUCCUGUCUGUCAUUGUUCUUGUUAAGGAUUGGACACAAGCCAGUGUCAAAAUUAUCCCAUUAUUAUCUUAAUUUUCUCUUGAAAUCGAUGACGCCGAUGGUUCUCUGAGGAUUAUUACGUAAUGUCUGUUUCAUCGUAUGCCACAAAGUCUCAAUAACAUUAAGGUCGUGACUAUUCGAAGGCCAUGAGAGGACUUUAAUGUUAUUGUCUCCAAUCCAUUUUUUAGUUGUUUUGGCCGUAUGACAUGCAAAACUGUCCUGUUGGAAUAUAAAAUUUAAGUCCGGGUAAAGAUCUUGAGCAAUUGGUACAAGACUAUUUUUAAAAAAUUCUUAAUACUUUGCUGCGUUAAUUGUGCCUUUCACUACUUCAUAUCUUUCUAAACCCGCUGAUGAUAUGCACCACCAAAUUACAAUUCCCUUAGGAAACUUAGGACCGACACUGAGCAAUGCAGCGAGGCAAAACUGGUAUUUUACGAAUGACCCUAGUAUGUAAUACACAAUUUGUGUUUUCACUUCCAGAAAAAUAUCAAACUCAUUGAAGUCUAUAAACGAGUUGUGUUGUUAUAUUAUUUUAUUUUGUUUGUUGUUAGGUUUUCAUUUUUCCAAUUUUAAACUUGUAUAAAGCCUGUAAAUGUUGUACAAGAAAUAAUUUAUUUUUCUGUUGAAUGUGUUGUAUAUAUACUAAAUAAAGCAAGAAAAAAUGUACAAAAAUUCAAAUUGAGACAAUUAUAGACUGAGUAAGCAAAUUGUUGCGAAGGUGACCUAUCAAACAUUUUUCCACUAGGAUUUAAACUAAUAUUUAAAACAGUGACAGAAAUAAGUCUUUGCAAUAUGAACCAACGUACUUAGAAUAUAGUUUUUUCGUGACAAGACAUCCGUAACGCGACAGUUCGUAACCCCACAAAUCGUAACGGCGACACUUCGUAACUAUACAUAUUCGUAAAGGUACAAUGACAGCUAUGUACGCCAUUGCUCCCGCUUGGCGGCGCUAGUGUAGUUGUGGGUCAACACAAUUUGACAGUUCUUUAAGCUUGUAUAGUAUUUUUGAUGCAAUUCUUGCGAUUUAAUAAAUUAUGUCAGAUAAAUGCGGAUCUUGGACUGUUUGCGAGUUGAAAAACGAAUUGAAGAUUUUCGUGUUGAUCUAUUUUCACCUCAGUGCGAUCUAUAAUAACUGUAUAAUAGUACAUUUUGUUUAGCAAUGUUGAGUGGUACCAUGCUAAGUUCUCUAAACUCACAGUAAAGAAAGUUGAUCCUUCUUCUUCUUUCUCAGAAUCCUUACUGCCCUUCAGGGCGUGAUGAAAGUUGAUCCAUGUAAUAAAUAUAAGGCUAACUAAUGCCUCCCUUAUAUCAAAUUUAAAUGCAAGUUCUUUAUUUAUCAUAUUGCGCCUUAACUUAAUAACAGUAAUUAGAAACUCAUUCGUCGGAGUUAAGACACGAAUACCCAUUUUAGAUUCAGUUGUAUAAUACAAGAGAUGGUUCACUGCGGGGACUAAGUUAUUAAAAACAAGCCAAAAAUGUUCACAGCUGUCAAAUCCAGUAUAAAAUUUGAGUCCUUCCAAUUUCGACUCACAUUGCAAGUUUUCAAUACAAAAUGAGUUUAGCAGUGUGCUAGUCAUAGUUGAUGCGUCACAUUUAUCUAAUGUUUAUUGCAGAUACGUGCAUUUGCCGGCACAUAUUUAUCUCUUCUUAUUGCCACAGUCCACUUUUUCUCAUCAGAUUAUCUUUGGGAAACCUGUGUCCUGAUGUUUUCGAUGAGCAAAGGCACAGCCCAACACUUAAGGCAUCUUAUUUCCCCAAAUUAAACUCACACAGCGAAAUAAAUGCAAUAUUUACAGUAUUUGUACAGUUGACGUGACCUCCAACUACACUAGCGCCAUCUACGUUGAACUUGCCAGAUUAGCUGUCAUUAGUUACGUCAAAAUUGAAUUAUUCUGUUUAUUUUUGUUAACGUGGAAACUAACUUUAUUACUAAUUUGCUAAACAAAAUUAAAUGUUGGCGUUACGAAGAUGUAUAGUUAUGAAUUGUCCAUUGCCAUUUGUCGGGUUACGAACUGUCGCGUUACUAGAUGUCAUGGAACCAGUUUUUAAUAAUUUAUCAAUGGAAGAGUGAUAAUAGACCCAUCUUAUUUUGUUUUUAUUGAUUGAAAAGAAAAAAUUGGGGACACUAAACGUUUCAAUUUUAUUAUGCGUACUCUAUUCUUCCCCUUUUUUCGUGCUAGCUUAUUUUCAUUUGUCUUCCUCUUUUUGCUCUGCAGUUAUUUAAUUUUUAUUUAGUUAUGUUGUUUAUUGCAGUUUUCCAAUUUUCUCAAACUUCAAAUUCGACACAAGUCAUAAAUUUAAUUCGAAAAGUCUUUUGACAGGUCACGUCAUGAUUUACUUAAAGAUAUUCUUGAGAGCAAAGUUAUACAUGAUAAAGAUCUGGGAAUAAUUUAUACUGGAAUCAGCGAGCAAAUAUAAAAAUUGAAGAUGAAAUUUCAGACGUAAUAAGAGUAACAAGUGGAGUGAGACAGAGAUGUAUUUUAAUCACCACUACUGUUUAACGUCUAUGUCUAUAGUAUGGCGAGGAAGUUUUAUCAAGCCCAAAUGAAGGAAUAAUUGUCAAUGAGUAAGUAAAUAAAGACAUAAGAUAUGUAGACAAUACUGUGUGUUGGCAAGAAGACCUUCAGCUUUAGUAAAAUCUUUUAAUCUUUAGUAAAUGCAAUUCAUCAUACAGCCAUUACUAUAAAUAUCACUCCCAUUCAAAUGGUGAAUAAUUACAAAUGCCUGGGUGCUAUGGUAAAUAGGAAAAGUGAUCAAAAUAAUUGUGAGCGGCCGUGGGUAACGGCAUAAACGCUGGCCUCAUACGCCAGUAGACGUGGGUUCGAUCCCUGCCAAAGACAAACCAUUUUCAUUUCCAAUAAUGACACGAGCCGUCUCACCGUGCCUCGGAGAGCACGUUAAGCCGUCGGUCCCCCUGGGCUAGUGUACAUCGACACUAGUUACUUGAAACAGGGUUAAAGAUGUAAUUGGCGCUGGAACUAUCCGAAAGGAUCUCCCCGGCAAAAAUGCCAUACGAUAUUAUUAUUAUUAUUAUUUAUCAAAAUAACGAGAUCUAAAAACGUAUUGAAAUUGCUAGAUCCAUUUUCAUAAAAAUGAAAUAACUGUUUAAUAAUCGUGAUAUCAGUCCCUCUCUACAAAUAAGAAUGUUACGAAAAUAUAUGUUUAGUACUCUGUUGUACGACGUGGGAGCAUGGACUUUAAAAAAGAACAAUAUAAAUAGCUGUAAGCAAAGUUCGAAUAGCCUUGAUGAUAUCCAAUAUCCGAUAGGAGAGGAAUGGGAAGAAGAAGAAGGGAUUCCUUGUCUUGUGACAAUUUGUGAAAUGUUUAUUUUUUUCAAUAGCUAAUUCUAGUUGCCAUUCUUCAUUUUGAUUGACUUUUGGUCUUUAUUUUAUGCUUAUUACUUCUCUAUAUACAUCUUCCGUGCAGACUAUAUUCUGGUAAAGCAUGUAUAUUUAGAAAAGAUGUAAACAUUUUUAUUUUUCAAUACUUUAUUUUUUUAGUGACAUUUUUAACUUAACAUUCUACAUUUUAGUACAUGUAUACUCUACUACCUCUUAAAACUUCCACAAUCGUACUUAUACUUUUUUUCAAGCCUCUUCCGUACUUUCUUCCACCUCCUGGUACUGAAUUUAAGUCUUCACAGAUACUAAAAUCAUACAUUCUACAAGAUAACUAAUUUAAAUAGAGAUUUUCCACAUUUUUGUCACUGUUUACUUAUUUUUUUUUUUUGUUGAAGUACAGCAAUAUAAUCAAAGUUUUGCGUAAUAUUCUAAUACUUUGCCAAAGAGUCGAGGAGAACCGUGUAAUGUAUAUUGAUGUAAAAGACACGGACACGAUGGCUAGCCGAAACAUACUUAUAUCGCCAAUAAUAAAACUUAGAACAAUUUGUAAAUAAAACAAACCAAAAUUGUUUAAAUAAUCAAACAUUUUUUUGUCAACAGCAACAAACUUUUUCCUAACUGAAUACUAUAGUGGAUGAGAUUUAUUACAAAGUCGCAUUAAGAGAGAAGAGAUACAGGGUGAGUAAUGAGGAACUGUACAUACUCCUACCUCGUAUAGAGGCUCAUAUGGGGAAUAACAAAUGACCAUUAAAAAGUGUCUGCUCCCCUUGUUUAUUAAUAUACAGUCAUUUUACAGAAAUUUUUAUUCGUCAUAAUUUUUGAACGGUCAGAUCGAUGUGUCUCUUAUUUUGGUCAAUCGUUACACUAUUACCACCUAAUUAACUGAUUUAUUGAAACUAGCAAAAAAUCAGGUCCGGCUUUAAAAAAAUAGUCCGUUUGGGUCUUAGAAAAAAUUUCACCAUGUAUACGCUUUUUGCAAACUCUAAUAUGAAUUUUACAAAUUAGACAAAUAGGCAAUUAAAAUGGCAUAUUUAUUUUUUCCCCACACGAUUGCUUAAUUUUUUAUAAAAAAAUCAAAUUUGACUAUGAAUUAAAAGUUUGGUGAAGUAAACCAUAGAUUUAAAAAAAAAUAACUUAUUACAAAAAUUAAUUUUUUUUAACAAAUAUUUGAUUUAUGUUACCACCCAAUCAACUGAUUUAUUCAAACUAGAAAAAAAUCAGGGUCGGCUUUAAAAAAUUAGUUCGUUUGGGCCUUAGAAAAAAUUUCACCCUGUAUACGCUUUUUAAAAACUCUAACAUGAAUUUUACAAAUUAGACAUACGCUUUUUAAAAACUCUAACAUGAAUUUUGCAAAUUAGACAAAUAGGCAAUUAAAAUGGCAUAUUUAUUUUUUCCCCACACGAUUACUUAAUUUUUUAUAAAAAAAUCUUUGACUAUGAAUUAAAAGUUUGGAAAGUAAACCAUAGAUUUAAAAAAAAUAACUUUUAUUACAAAAAUUAAUUUUUUUUAACAAAUAUUUGAUUUAUAUUACCACCCAAUCAACUGAUUUAUUAAAACUAGAAAAAAAUCAGGUCCGGCUUUAAAAAUUAGUUCGUUUGGGCCUUAGAAAAAAUUUCACCCUGUAUACGCCUUUUAAAAACUCUAAUAUGAAUUUUACAAAUUAGACAAAUAGGCAAUUAAAAUGGCAUAUUUAUUCUUUUCCCCACAUGAAUACUUAAUUUUUUAUAAUAAAAUCAAAUUUGACUAUGAAUAAUAAUUAAAAGUUUGGUAAAGUGAACCAUAGAUUUAAAAAAAAUUACUUUUAUUACAAAAAUUAAUUUUUUUUGCACAAAUAUUUAAUUUAUGUUACCACCCAAUCAACUGAUUUAUUCAAACUAGAAAAAAAUCAGGCCCGGAUUUAAAAAAUAUUUUGUUUUGGUCUUAGAAAAAAUUUCACCCUGUAUACGCUUUUUGAAAACUUUAAUAUUAAUUUUACAAAUUAGACAAAUAUGAAAUUAAAAUGGCAUAUUUAUUUUUUCCCCACACGAUUACUUAAUUUUUUAUUAAAAAAUCAAAUUUGUCAAAAUCGGAAUUUUAACCUAAAAAUGAAAAAAAAAGAUGAAAUCACGGUUUAACUCACUACAACGUUCCAUUUUAAUUUUUUUUCUGAAAUUUUUUACAGCACAUAUCUCUUACCAUUGUGAAGACUAUGACAAUUGUUGUAGACUUUCAGUCUUCUUCUCGUAAAAGUUAUGAAUUUUUAAAAAUAAAAGGUGCAAGUUCGUGAAUUGCAAAGUUAAAUCGCAAAAAUUAAGUGAAAAAUUUAAAAUUUAUCAAUUUGAUCACGUCUAUGUUAAACUAUAGAGUCCAAAGAGAAGUGUUAUGGGGAGUUUUAGAUCUAGAUGUGUUAUAGAAAAAAAAAAAUGGUGAAACUUUUAAUUUUAAGAAAAACGUUUAAUUUUUUUUAUUUUUAUGGUAAAAUUGCGAUUUUGACAAAUUUGAUUUUUUAAUAAAAAAUUAAGUAAUCGUGUGGGGAAAACAAUAAAUAUGCCAUUUUAAUUGCCUGUUUGUCUAAUUUGUAAAAUUCAUAUUAGAGUUUUCAAAAAGCGUAUACAGGGUGAAAUUUUUUCUAAGACCCAAACGAACUAAUUUUGUAAAGCCGGACCUGAUGUUUUUCUAGCUUGAAUAAAUCAGUUGAUUGGGUGGUAAUAUAAAUCAAAUAUUUGUUUAAAAAAAAAUGAAUUUUUGUAAUAAAAGUUAAUUUUUCUUAAAUCUAUGGUUGACUUUACCAAAUUUUUAAUUCAUAGUCAAAUUUGAUUUUUUUAUAAAAAAUUAAGUAAUCGUGUGGGGAAAAAAUAAAUAUGCCAUUUUAAUUGCCUAUUUGUCUAAUUUGUAAAAAUCAUAUUAGAGUUUUCAAAAAGUAUAUACAGGGUGAAAUUUUUUCUAAGACCCAAACGAACUAAUUUUUUAAAGCCGGACCUGAUUUUUUGCUAGUUUGAAUAAAUCAGUUGAUUAGGUGGUAAUAGUGUAAUGAUUGACCAAAAUAAGAGAUACAUCGAUCUGACCGUUCAAAAAUUAUGACGAAUAUAAAUUUCUGUCAAAAUGCAAAACUCGCCCUGUAUAUUAUUAAACAGUGGGAACAGACACUUUUUAAUGGUCAUUUGUUAUUCCCCAUAGGGGCCUUUAUACGAGGUAGAAGUAUGUACAGUUCCUCAUGACUCACCCUGUAUGAAGCAUUUAGAAAUAUUGUUGUUCUAGGGGUUAGAUUCAAAUCAUUCUUUGGUCUUGGAAUUGUCGAUUUGUGCAGCUAUGUUGUAUUUAGGGAGUUUAGAAGCAAUUUAAAAAGAGUUUCACCCCAUUGCGCGUGUCAAAUCAAAAUUUGAUUCUUAUUUCAAUUGAAAUAUUUUUAAAAAUGUAUAUCAUUUUUAUUGAGUUGCAAUGCGAAGGCAAAACUGUCUUAUUUUUCACUUAGAACAGGGAGCGCAGAUCAGCACUCUGAAUCGACGAUUUUCGACUCUUAUUGGAGUCAUCAUCGGAGAGGCGUAGGCGUAGGCCUGCUGCUCUCUGCUCGAAGUGACCAAACCACGAAAGCUUAUCCCCGCAGUGCAACUGACGUUAAUGGAGUAGGUGACUAGCGUCAUCUGGUAACUGAAAGGUAAAGUUUUCAAUCCUAAUAGCAACAUUAAUAAUAUUGAAAAAUAUUAAAAAUAUUACUAAAAGAUUUUUAAAUUGAAAACUUAUUGGUCCAUUUCCCUGGUAACACCUCCAAGGCUUCUAAAAUUUGCAAGCCAGAUGGAUGCUGCAGUGAAGACAAAGGGAGGGAAUUCUAAAAGUUGCAAUUCACAACCCCCGUCUGCAGCUUGGUAAAGUAACUUUAAAGCAACUUGGUAAAGUAACUUUACCAAGCUGCAGACGGGGGUGUGAAUUGUAACUUUUUAGAAUUCUCUCUUGUCUUCACUGCAGCAUCCAUCUGGCUUGCAAAUUUUAGAAGCCAUGGUGGUGUUACCAGGGAAAUGGACCAAUAAUUUUUCAAUUUAAAAAUCUUUAAGUAAUAUUUUUAAUAUUUUUCACUAUUAUUAAUGUUGCUAUUAGGAUUGAAAACUUUACCUUUUUGAAAUUUUUUUAUUUAUAAUUUGUCUUUUUUUAGAGCUAACAUAUGGUUCAUAUUUCAUACUGUGUCUCUUCUAAAUUCUUUGCUGCCAUUGCCUCAUCGAUUCUUAAUCUUAAUCUCUCUCUUUCUUUCCUUCGGGUGAAAUAUCUUAAUGUUCUUGUUAUUUUGGUGUCUAAAUCACUUCACUGUAUCUUUCUAUUUUUCUGUAUCCUUACUUUAUUUGGAUAUUUGGAUCUAGUAUCAUUUUAUUACAUUUUGACCGUAUAAAUGUAUAUCACACUUUCGUCCGUUUUCGUUACUUUGUUUCUAUUAAUUUUGUAAUUAAUAAUGUUUUAAACAAACUGGAACAUGAAGUAAAACCACUUCUAUGUAAAAGGUAUAUUUACUAAAAUUUUGGUAGUCAUUGUUGACCUAAGAUGGUUGAUUGGGUCCUCGGGUAGAGCAUCACCAUGUUCCCAGAGGUUAUAUCUUUGAACAUCGGCGUUUAGCCUUUACAAUAUUAUUAUAACACAAUGUAGAUUGAUUUAUAAUCACAACCAUUGUUUGGUUCUGGGGCUAUUUUGCAAGUAUUUCAAAUUCACUUAUGAUGGACCGAUAGGUUCGAAAACGUUCUGAUGAACACAUUUUAUUCAAUCCAUUGGGAUUUUUAAAAAAAUUUUAGUAAAUCUACCUUUUACAUAGAAGUGGUUUUACUUCAUGUUCCAGUUUGUUUAACUAUAAGGUAUACAGUCAACCCAGGGAACUACCCCUUUUAAUAAUGUUUUACGUCUACUACUCAUAUAGUUUAUAAUAGGUUGUUCGACAAGUUUUGCAGUCCGAUAAGAAAAAUACAAUUUUAUGGUUUGAAAUACACUUUAUUAUUCAGUAUAGUCUCCCUGAACAUCAGUACACUCGUCACAACGAGAUUGUAAUCUAAGAAUUCCAUCCCUAAAGUGAGACCCUAAAGUUAUGACCUGAUCAUUUGAUAAAGACGCUUUCCAUGCAUGAAUUUUUUAGGUAUUAAAACAUAAGGAAGUCGCUAGGGGCCAAAUCUGGUAAAUACGGUGGAUGGUACAACAAUUCGAACUUUAAUUCAUGGACUUUAGCCAUUGUCGAAAUGCUCAUAUGACACGGUGCAUUGUCCUGAUGAAAAAGGAUUUUUUCUUCUACAAACCGGGUCUUUUUUUCACGAAUCUUUUCCAUCAGCUGGUCUAAAAGGUUAUAAUAAUAUUAAGAAUUUAUUGUUUUACCAGUUUACAAGUAAUCCACAAACAAAAUUCCUUUCGCAUCUUAAAAACUGAUUUCUGGACACAAACUCAUUUCGGAGCUGAAGAACUAUGUUCACACCACUCUUAAGCUUCUUGUUUUUCAGAAUCAUGGUGAUAGACCCAAGUAUCAUUCGUAAUUGUUCACUGAAUUGAAUUCUCUUUAUUCUUUCGAAAACAGUGUAAAUUUUGCUCAGAAAGUCAUAUUUGAAUCUGUUUUUGUUCCACUGUUAGCGAAUGUGGCACCCACUGUGAACACAGCUUUCUGAAACCCAGUACUUCACUCAAAAUAUUGUUUAUACUGCCCAAUGAGAUGUCUAGGGCGUGUACUUUCAGUCACUCGACGAUUUUUCAAUACGAUUUCUUGUAUUUUUUCUACGACUUCUGGUGUUUUUGCUGUCUUUUGCUGUUUUCUGGUCUUUUUGGAUAUUCUUGACGUGGAUCGUCUUCAAGACCUGUACGACUACGUUCGAAUUCAGUAACCCAUUUUUUAUUGUACUAAUUUGAUUUUUUUCAUUGUAAAAAAAUACUGUGGCACGUCGAUACUAAUUGGCUAUACCAACAUAUAAAUGAAGAGUACAAGGGAAAAACAAGGAAUGUCACUUUUUCAUUAAUUUUGGUUUUUCUCGCCAUGUGGUAGCACAUGUGGUAGCAAAAACUGAGUACUAUCGACUAGGCUAUCGAUUCAGGACAAUAAACUGGCAGAAUUUUAUCCAGGUAAAAACAGGCAAAUUUUCUAAGAAUUUGUAUCCAGGCGAAGGACCAGGAUUGUCCGCACGCCACUGAACGAAAUUAAGGAGUGUUAGCAGUUUUUUGGUGCAUUAUUAAAUUAAUAAAAUAAUAUAGAUUCAUAUUAUAUUAAGAUUAUAGAAUAAGAAUUGCUAGAAUUCUGCUAAAAAUCUCCUAAGUAGUUUUUAGAAAUCAUAAGAAUUGAACCUUUAUUGGUGUUUAUCUCAAUCUGACACUCCUUGUUUUUCCUCUGUACUCUUCAAAUGACAAGAGUAUACCAACAUAUUUAAAAACUCCCUCUCUUAGGGGGGGGGAGAGUAUGGUUUGAAAUCAAUAUAUCAAGCGAAUUUUUUUAUUUUUGUGAAUUUUUAAAUUAAAUAAAUAUAUUAAGUAUAAUUCAAAGAAUAUUUAGAAAAAAAUGCAAUCCAAAAUAUUGAAAAGUAAUUGGUGACAAAUUUUGAAAGGCAGCUCACAAAAAAAUGGAUUUUGCGGUGGACAUCAGAACUCGUCACUAGAUCAUACGAAACAAAAAAUUCAAAAAUAUUUAAUUAGAUUAUGAGUUUCACGAGGUCAUAACGUCGAGUUUUUUUUAAUGAUUUUUGAAUUUUUGGCAUCACUCAGAAAUCAAAAAAAUGAAAUUUUUGGUAAAAAUUUUGUGAAAAUCAACAGAUUUAUCGUUGAAAAAAAAAAUAAGCAAAAAAAGAAAAAUAUCUCGACGUUGUUACCUCAUGAAAUGUCUCAAGAAAAUAUGUGCAAAAUAUCACGUAGAUCGGCCGAGUAGUUUUUCAGUUAGGUACAAUGUCCACCGCAUUUGAAAAAGCAGUUUUGAGAAAAAUGCGUUUAAAGUUUUGACAACUGCAUCUUCAUCUUCUUAUUUGUCUGCCAAAUCGUAAAGUGAUGCACAUUGAAAUAUGUUUUUCGAAUCAAGGAGUAAUCUACAAAAGAGAAGGCGAACAGUUGUUUAACGUUUCUCACUACGCUCAAGCGUGCUGGCGCGAAGUCGCGGCAAAGCGAGUCGAAGGUAGGGAUAUUCAACACGCUGUAUCUCUCAUAAUUUUACUCCGAUUAUUUUGAAAAUUUCAGAGAGUAUUCUUGAAAGUAUGCACUUUUAUUUGAAAUAAUAAAUAAAAUUAAAUAUUUCAAACCAUACCCCCCCCCCUUAAUGAACCGCAAAACUUAUUGAAUACCCUAUUAAAUCAAACUUUGUAGAUAUGCUUCUUCAUUGUUGUUUCUCUUCUGAUUGUCUUUUGCCAUAGAAGAAAGUUUAAAGUUUGUGGCAUUGCUUUAAUUUUGCUUAUUUUGCUUUAUUACAUGUUUAAUAUUUCCUUUCUUAUUGAGGAUUAUUGCUAAAUAUCGAUUUUAUUAUUACACCACUGAUUUUUUCAUUUUAAAGUUUAAUAGCAUGCUUUGUCUUUGUUCACCAUUAGAUAUUUUGUCGUAUAUAUUCAAAUUUUCCUUUUAAUUUCCUUAUUUUAUAGUUAAGGUCUUUAUCUUCUGCGGUCACUAUUUGGAUAUUGCCAAAGAACGGUGUAAAUAGUGUGUAUUCUCACCCCAUUAUUCUCAUACUUCGACAUCUCUUCAUCAAUUUCUCCAGAUAGAUAAAUAGUAAUAAAUUAGGUGGCGAUACACAGCAACUUUGCCUCAUACCUCUUUUUCUUGUUUAAUUCUUGCAGAAUUUUCUUCAUAGUAUAUUUGAGUACAUCUAGUAAGUACUAGAUUAAUUCUUAAAUUGAAAAAUCCCCCUACAGGCGAAACCAUAGAUGGCAGAAGAUAUACUAAAAAAUAUAGUGAAUCUCCCUAAAAAAUUUGACCUGCGGGUAUAAUAUAAUAGAUGCGAAAAUGGGGUUUUUUACAUGUAACUGUGCCAGAAUUAACCUGUUUAGGUCUAAAACGCAGGAAUUGAACAAUUACUCGUAUUUUUAAACGAUAAACUCGCCUUGAUCAAUGUUAAAUUCCAUUCUAACUGAGCUAUAGUACAUUCAUUUCCAAGCUAAGCUCGAGCUCACAGUUCAGACACGUGAUCGGUGGGUGUGUCAUGUCGUCGAGCUUGUCAUUGGUUAUAACCGAUGACAAGCUGCGACGACAUGAUACACUCACCGAUCAGGCGUCUGAGCUUAGCUUGGAAACGAACGCAGUAUAUAAAUAUUUGACAUGAAAAUGUAUAUGAAAUGUUCUUCUGUUAAUGUAUUAAUUGGAUUCUAAUAAUUGGUGAGACAUUAGGAAAACGUUUGUAGUAAAUUUUUAUGUAGUACUAGAAAAAAAAUGUUGAAUAACCAAAUUGUACGUAUUUAAAUGUUUAAAACUAACUUUAAAUGUAUUUAAGAUACUGGGGCCAAAGUUUAAAACGUAUCUUAUUAUUAAGUUGCCUCAGAUUCAUAUACAGAAAGCUGUUGCAAGAUCCAUGAGAAAUUAAAGGUAGGAGUAAAGAUUCGUUGUUAAACACUACCUAUGUUUUGUUCUUCCAUGAGUUGCUAAAAUGUUUAUCUUGUAACAAGUUUUAAAUAGUUUGUAUCAAAUAGGAGAUAUUUCAAAGAUAUAUCGAUAGGAGCAUUUUUUUGUGUUUGUAUUGAAAAACUUUACAAAUCUGUAAUUAUCUUGCUCUUGAAAUAUUAAAUUGUGUAAUUCCAGUUUUAAUAUCGGUUGUUUAUGGUAGACUCGCGUCGAUCUCCAGGUUUUCACGUCUAGCAAAUCUUGCGCGUCAUUCUGCCGCCUUUUACGUGAUCUUCCUUUUGGUCCUGCGCCCUGUAUUUUACUAUCUAGGGCCCUUUUCGAUAAUAUUUUGGUCUCCAUUGUCACUACAUGAUCAGGCCAUCGAAAUAUCUGAAGUUUAACAAAUUCUGAGUUCGGUGUCUCUUUGAACAAUUGGUAGAGUUAGUUCAUGGUUGUAUCUGGAUCUCCGUUUUCGUUAAUAGGUCCAAAUGUCUUCUUUAGGACUUUUCUUUCAAAUACUUACAGCUUUCUUUUUGUGUUUUCUGACAUCGCCCACGUUUCGCAUCCAUAACUUCAAAAUAUUUUAUACUGUACUACUAAAUCAUCAUAGUCAGCCAAGUUGAAGAUAUAUGUCAAAUGUCGCAAUAUGAGUUAAAUUUAGCACCCUCUAAUACGCCCAUGGCGGUCCCGAAAUGAUCUUAAAAAAACAACUGUUUCUAUUUUUGAGCUAGCUAAGAUUAUUUGUAAAAGAAUUCCCUGAUUACAGAUGUCCUUCCAUUCGUCUGCUUUCUUCUCGGCGCUCCACCACGGUAGGGAUCAAUUUCUUUUGCCAAAAAAUUGUCUAACGCUUUAGAAAAAGUAUUUAGUAGCCCAACACAAUAUGUAGUGUGUGUACGAAUGGUUUCUUCUUUUGUUGUUUAAUGUUUGUUGUCCAUCUUUCGUUGUUUUGUCGUGCCACAUGUCCUACCUAUCUCCAUUUUAUUUGCGCUUCUUCCAAUUACCACCCUCUUCCAUCUUUGUCCUGCUUCACACGUCUUCAUUUCAUAUGUUCUCUCAGAGAAACUCGUUCGAUGGUCCUCUGUGUGCGAGGUCACUGUCUCCAUUCCAUAGAUAACAACUGGUUGAAUACAACAACUGUUGAAUAACCUUUUCUUUAGAUUUAUUGGUGUCUUUUUAUUUUUCAACACAACACUGAGUCUUCCUACUGCUGCCAGAAGUUGCUGUUGUCUUGGUCUCCAGUGUAUUAUUCGCUGUGUCCAUCCGUUAUCCGACAUUCUAGCUAUGUGCCCUGCCCAGUUCAAUUUCAGGGUCACAUUUGUUUCUAUGUAUGGCAUCUGUCACUCCUGUUCUCUGUCUUAUUUCCUUGUUCGUAAUUUGAACCCUACGAGAAAUGCCUAACAUUGAGCGUUCCAUGGCUCUUUGGGUCACACAAAUUUUAUUUCUUAAAUAAAAGUUAACGUGAAGUAAAACACUCCCUGGUGUAGUUGGUAUAUUUUAAUAAAAAUUUAAAAUUUUUAAAAAUCCAAAAGGAUUUCAAAACGUUUUCGGACUUAUCAGUCCAUCAUCAGUGGAACUCCCUAUCCUUGCAAAAUAGUCACAAUACUGGUUAAGUUAAAUGUUCCAACUACAUAGUAAAAAGUAUAAAAUAGUUUGGCUAAAAGUGGAUGCCAAUGAAUUACUUCCAGCAACAUGAAGCAACUUCUAGUGCUGUCAGCAAAAAUAACAAUAUCGUCAGCGAACCUCAAAUGACUAUUUCCGUUGACAUUAAUUCUUUUUUUACACAGAUUUGCGUUCUUAAACAUAAUAUACAUAUGCUCUAAUAAUGUUGUAAACAAUUUUGGCGAAAUUGUGUCUCCUUGUUGCACUCCCCGUUUUGUUUUAAAUACGUUGGUCUUUUUAUCUGCCAGUUUCACGCUUGCUGUCGCAUUUUGAUAGGUGUAUUUGAUCAUGUUUAUAUAGCGAUGAUCUUCUAUACGGCAUUCUGUUAAGGCUUUUAACAUUUUUGAUGACUUUUUGUGUCGAAAGCCUUUUAGUAGUCAACAAAUAUCAGGACUAAUGGCUUGUUAUAUUCAACACUCUUUUCUAUUUUUUUUAUUGGAUUCGAAACAAUCAAACUGUUGAUUGGUUAAAAGGUAGAUUUGUGAUUAAUAAAAUUUUCUUACUUAUUGCAUAUUUCGUGAAAAGUAUUUACGCAGAUGAUAUGCCCAUCAUGCACUCAUUCCAGUUGUGAGGAAUAUGAAUUUUUGUGUAGGUAGUCCUAAAAGAGAAGUGUUUGAAAUACAUUUUGAUGCAUCUUUUAAUUAUUAUGCUCUUUUAAUGAACUAUACUAAAUUUACCAUCAAGAUGCAGUAGAAAUAAACAAACCAAGACACGUUAAAUGGUACUAGGAGCACUCCCGAAUCACAAUUUACAAUGUAUAAACGGGAGUGCAGUAGAAUUUAAUGUGUCUGGUUUGUUUAUUUCUACUGCAUCUUGAUUGUAAAUUUAGUAUAGUAUCUUUUCUGCAGGUACAUUUGUAACAGAAUUCUAAAAAUGUAUAGGUAUAUCUUUGAAAUAUUUCCCCCCGUCGUUCUGGGCAAAGCUUGCAGUAAAGAUCUCUAAAUUUUCAUUUGUUAAGGUACACUUUCAUGGUUUGUCAGUCUUAUAUCAUGUGAUUUAAGUUUCAUUAACAUUCGUUUUAUCAUGAUCAAAACUUUUUUUCGUGAAAUUAACAGUAUUUUGUCAACUGCUCGUAUACAGGAUGCGUCAAAAAUUCGGAAUAAAUAUGUUCGGUGUUUCGACAGAAAUUUUUAAUUUUGUAACUUUCAAUACAGUUUUAAAAGAUAUGUUUUUAUAAAGUAGCGAUGUUUUAGACUAUUUACAUAGAUUAAAAAACGUCGCUAUGGACGAGUGCAAUAUAUUUUUUCGAAAUUUGAACAUCCCGUAUAAAACUGUGUCAAGUAAAUAGUUGAUUACUUACCUUAAUAUUUAUAUUUAUAUACUUAUUUAAAAUACAUAUAUAUAUUUUUAUUGAUUGAACAGAUUUAGGACUGUUAAAUUGUUCAAAAAUAGCAUCAACGUUCGAAUGCGAUGGACGUUUUUUUUUGUAAAUAAUAGUUACUGUUGUAAGAAUAUGUCAAUUUUAGGGAAUUGGGAAAUAGUUAAACAAAUUUGUACAUAUUUUAUUGACAUUAGUUGAAUUAGUGAAUACACAUGAAAUGUUAAUAACUUUAUAAAUAAUUAUAUACAUAUUAAUUAGGUAUUAUUAAUAAAUCGCUCUAUGAGUA